UACCGCAAGAUGACGGCCAAGGACGCCUCCUGCCUCUUCCGAGCCGUCUCGGAGCAGCUGUUUUCAUCACAAAUUCAUCACAUGGAAGUUAGGAAAGCCUGUGUCUUGUUUAUGAGGCAACACCAGCAUAAGUUUGAAUCUUACGUGGAAGGGUCAUUUGCGAAGUACCUUGAACGACUAGGAGAUCCAAAGGAAAGUGCUGGCCAGCUGGAAAUGAGUGCUUUAGCAGUGAUGUACAAGCGAGACUUCAUUCUGUACCGGUACCCUGGAAAGCCACCCGCUUAUGCUACAGACAAUGGCUUUGAAGACAAGAUUUUACUGUGUUGUUCCGGCAACGGCCAUUAUGACUCUGUGUAUACAAAACAAUUCCAGGAAAAUGCUGCUAUUUGCCAGGCUGUAUUAUAUGAGAUCCUGUACAAAGAUGUGUUUGGCAUGGAUGAGGAAGAAUUAAGGUCUGCAGUUGAGGUGUUUCGAAGUGGAUCCAAGAAGAACAGAAACAGUGGCUCUGUAGGAAGUGAGGAUGCAAACUUUGAUUGUCUUCAUGAAAAAGUAUCCAGAAAUCCAUCAGAAAAGAGAGUGGACGACUGGGAAAGCAAUGAUACUGAUAAUCCACAGGAAGAAAAGUUCAAGCAAGGCAUUGAAGAAAAGCCUCCAGAAAAUCCAUCAAAGAUGCCUGUUCCUUAUAAAGUGCUAAAGGCACUGGACCCUGAGAUCUAUCGAAAUGUGGAGUUUGAUGUUUGGCUGGACAGCAGAAAAGAGCUUCAAAAAACUGACUACAUGGUGUUUGCUGGGAGACAGUACUAUUUAGGAGACAAGUGUCAGGUACGUCUGGAGCCUGGAGGUAAGUAUUAUAAUGCUCAUAUCCAGGAAGUUGGACAAGAUGGCAACACAUUGACUGUAUUCGUUGAGGAGCUGGCAGAAAAGCAUACAGUUCCUUUGGCAAACUUAAAACCAGUGACACAAGUGGCGCCUGUCCUGGCUUGGAAUAUGGUUCCCAGCCGAAAAGGAGGAACCUAUCAGAAAAUAACAGGUGGAUACUUCUCAGGAAUAGAAAUGGAUAUGAAAACACGGAAGAGAAUGCUUAAGAAAGUUCGUGGAAAGGAAGGUGGUGGAAACAUGGCACCUUAUGAACCCUAUCAUCCUCAGAAUGCUCCUCAGAGACAUAACCGUGGAUUUGGGAUGCCAAGGGGAUCUGCCCGAUUUAUAAACAGGCACAACAUGGUUGGCCCUCAAAUAGCAUUCUACCCCAGUCCAGGAAAGAGAUGCAAUCAGAGCUAUGACAGUUUCUCCUGCAGGUCCUGCUCGUACAGCCGUAGCCGCCGUCAGAUGCAGUGUAUGAAUAAGGAAUGCCAGUAUGGGUUUGUACCAGGGAAUGGAGAGGAGCCUCAAGGACCAGAAGAAGCUAUAACCUUCUAUGAAUUUGAAGGCGCAGAUGACACUGCUUUUCCUACUUUACCAAGCCAGGGUAGUCCUGCUCCCGUUAUCCAUGGUCCAGCAGGAUUUUGGGUAGCAAGGAGAGGCGCAAACUCUGCUCCACCUGCCAAGCAGACCCUGAAUUCCUCAGAGGAGGAAGAGGAAACAAGUGAAAAUGGUGAGUUCUCAAAGGACUGUUUGGAAUCCCUUCAGGAAGAAGGGCCAGUCUCUGUGCCACCUCAAGACGGAGUGGCUUCCUACAGCUGUUCCCAGAAGGUGAUGGUGAACUCUGCAGCAAUCUCAACCUCAACAGGUGUUUAUGCUGCUCCAGCUACAGGCUUCUCAAAUUCUGCUGCCUCUACUCCAGCCAGUGCCACAACAGCAGUUCCCCCACAAACAGCAGUUCAGCCAGUCAUAGUAUCUCCCGUUUCUAUAGGGAGGCCAGCAGUUUCGUCAGUGCCAUUCCCAGUUUACUCAGCUCCUCUUCCUCCAGUCAGUGAGAUGGGAGAAGCUGGUGUCGUUCUCCCGCCUUACUCUUGUGAUCCCAGUGGCAGUGAUCUGCCUCAAGAUACAAAGGUCUUGCGGUAUUAUUUUAAUCUGGGAUUGCAAUAUUAUCAGCAGAGCUAUUGGCCUUCCAUGGUGUAUGUACAGCCAGUGCUGCAACCAUCACCUGUGGAAGUUUAUCCAACAUAUGCUGAGCCAGCUCCUGUCCUAGAUCAGUCAGUACCUCAGCUCUACGCAGAUGCUGGGCGAGCUGAAGUCCACCAGGUUCCCUUCGAAGUACCUGCAAAUGGUAACUUUCAAAAUGCGGAGCCUCAGCCCCUGUCCUAUGGGCCUGUAUAUUACCCAAUUGUGCCAGACCCCUUCAGCCAGCAAUCUCUUCCUGGGUUUGAUUCUUUAGUACCGGCCUAUCGCUAUAUCAGUACCUGGCAUCCAGUAAAUCCACCAUAUGGAAAUUCUCCACAAAUUGCUAAUGCUGUAAGUUCUGGACCACUGCACCAAGUCAGCUAUAUUGCCUCACCUAACCCCGCACCUCAUGACAUGCCUCAAGGAAUGUAA